AUGGCCGCGCCUGAGGAGGAUGAGUGGGAGUACGAAUACGACGAGAACGAGACAGAAGAUUUCUACGUCCCGCUCGAUUUGUCUAAUGUCCCUGCAGCGCAGAUACCCAUGGUCUCGCAGGGUAGACCAGGUCAUCCGACUCUGCUCAAGAGCCGAUUGCGCGCACUGAAUGCCGCUCGAGCUCAACCAACCGAGUUCGCCGCCGACAGCAACGAUGGACAAGAGACGGCAACCAUGGGCGAAGUUCAAAUCAUUGGCCUACACACGCCAAACCCACUGGUCAUGUACAACGGCCAGCUGCUGAGUUGCCAUUGGACGUCGACUGUCGGAACCGACAUGUUCUUCGUGAAGCCGAACGCGAACCCAUCAACUCAAUCAGACACGCUGCGAUCUCUGCCGUCGGUCGACUUGUUAGCUCUAGGCUCCGCAAAGCUGGUAGCAAAGGUUGGACGUUUGCGACCGCGCGACGACCUCUUCGACGACGCUAGUAAUACGCAACAGGCAGCGGAGGUCGCGUCUACUGCAGACGGUAACCAGGGUACUACAACAAGCGUAAACAACAUACCAGACGUUCAGCAUUCCAGCAACGAAGAGGCCUCACCCGCUUCGUCGAGCUUCCUUGCCAGGCUGAAUGAGGCCAAAGCCAAGAGAGGAGAGAAGUCGCGCUUGGCAAUCUCGAAGACAUCAGAGGGCUCGCGUCUAGUCGCAGAGAAGGCAACAACUCGGAUCGCCAAUGCAGGAACUGGUACCUCGCAAAAAUAUGGCGACUCGGUCAUGGGCGGCACGUGA